CAUAGGGAGCAGCACAAUCUUCAAUUUCAGUUUCGUAUACUCCAGUAUAAUCGCACUGACUCGCACUGGAUAUCAGUCUGAUGCAAACUAUUUGGUUUUGACGUACUGUAUUUUUUACGGCUGUUGGGAGUCUUAUUUGGAAAAUUUGAUUGUGAUUUGAGAAUGUCGAGUCGUGAGGGCGGUAAGAAGAAGCCCCUUAAGGCGCCGAAAAAGGAUUCGAAAGUUUUGGAUGACGAAGACCUAGCGUACAAGCAAAAGCAGAAGGAACAACAGAAAGCACUCGCCGAGGCUGCAAAGAAGGCAAGCCAAAGGGGACCUCUCGUCACGGGCGGCAUAAAGAAAUCCGGCAAAAAAUGAUCCAGUUAAGACUGACGAAAAUCACAAUCUUCGAGCACACAAUGUUAUCGAGGCCAUGAUUUUGAUAUCAAUUAGUGUACCGACCGAAAUGUCUUUCGGUUCUUCAGCUUCGAGAAAUGGUUAAACACUUGUAAAUAAAUGUUUAUGGAUUAAAUCAUACUAAGCACACA